AUGGCAUCCAUGCGUGGGCCCAUGGGCCCGGGGCCUUACAGCACCAUGGGGACGAUGGAUAUGAUGGAUGCGGGCCCGGGGCCUUACAGCACCAUAGGGACCAUGGACCACAUGGGCCAGGGGCCUUACAGCACUGUAGGGCCCAUGAACUCCAUGGGACCUGGGCCCAUGGGACCUGGGCCCAUGAACUCCAUGGGGCCUGGGCCCAUGCCUGGCCCCAUGAACUCUAUGGGGCCUUCACCCAUGAACUCUAUGGGCCCUGGACCCAUGAACUCAAGAGGGCCUGGACCCAUGAACUCCAUGGGGCCACCCAUGAACUCUAGGGGACCCGGACCCAUGAACUCCAUGGGGCCUGGGCCCAUGAACUCGAGAGGGCCUGGACCCAUGAACUCCAUGGGGCCAGGGCCCAUGGUUCCCAUGGGCUCAAUGCCUUCCAUGGCGCCCAACUCGCCCUUCAGCUCCGUGCGAGGACCUCAGGGACCUCCCAUGACCAUGGUGCCUGCACAGAUGCCUCCUGCUUCGCAGCCGGUACCGGCUCGCCAGCCCAUGAGCCCCGAGCAGUACGCGGUGGCGAAGAAGGAGCUCAACGAAUGCGUUGUCAAGGGCUAUUUGUGGUACAAGCCGCUGGUGGCGGACCGUAAAACGAAGGAAGAUUACGACCCUUUCGCAGCAAGACGAGGCUUGGAUGCGGCGCUGACGAGGCGACAGGAACUCCUGCAAAGUCUCAACGAGGUGACGAACUCCAGGGGUGCGGCCCCGCCCGCCCAGGCGCAGUCUCUGGUCUCCAGGUAUGACCAGCCCCUCUCGAAAGCCGUCGAGCAGAACCUGGUAGCGACCUCAGCUCUGUCAUUUGAUCUACUUGUUGCUUUGGGGUUGGUGUAG